AUGGGGUUGGAUUCAUGUAAGCACAACCUCCAUGGAAGAAUACUCUGGCCUAAAGGAUCCACCCCACUUACAGUACAACAACUCAAGACCAAACUUCAAGCACUAUGGAGCUCGCUUCCAAAAUGGGGAGUGACUUCUCUUGGUAAAGGAUUUUUCGAAUUUUCUUUCUCCAGUAUUGAAGAUGUCCGAAGAGUUCGUGCCACUCCAUCUUGGAAUCUCAAUCCUGGUAUUCUGAAGCUUUUCCCAUGGACCAAAGAUUUCAUUCCCUCCAAUAUGAAUCAAAGUUCUGCACAGGUAUGGGUUCAAAUUCAUGGUCUUGCGCAAGAAUACUGGAGACCCAAAAUCAUAUUUACAAUAGCCAGCAGUCUUGGUACACCCAUAUGCAUAGAUUCAUCCUCUAACAAACCCCUAUUAGAGACCUUUUGGACACUUUGUUCGUGUCUCGGUAGAUAUUGA